AUGAGGAGGUCGCUCCUUCGAAAACCCCUCGUACGAGCCACCCUCCCAGAGGCUCACUGCCGAACUUUCUUCGAAAGUUCGCCAAAAUGUCGCCCUGAUUUGACUGAAGCUUCGAUAACUCCUGACACAACCCCGCUCCAAUUACACCGAAGACCACUUCCCUUUUCUUUUGAGACUGGAGUCGCAUUGUAUGCAAAGAGAAUCCCGAGACCAUUUCCUCCCCCAUUCCUGUCAGCACCCUCUGGUUCAUUUUCCGAUCCUCUCAGCACCCACCACCGAAGCCGGGACAGACGCGCGACCGUAAAUGGCGACUUGAUUCGAGGGCUCACCAACGGAGACGAUGCGGUAUAUGCUAGCGAAAACUUCAUCGCAGCUAAUGAUGGAGUCGGAGCAUGGUCUACAAGACCAGGAGGACACGCCGGACUUUGGUCGAGGUUAAUUUUGCACUUUUGGGCCUUGGAGGCAGAACAAGACGCUGGUCGGAUCCUUACCUCAGAUCAAGCAUACGAACCAAAUCCAAUCGCAUACCUACAAAAAGCCUACGAGCAAACGCAGGAAGCUACAUCGAAGCCAAACAAAUGGCAAGGGACAACCACUGCGGCCGGCGCGCAACUAUAUUACAAGAAUAUGGACGAUGACCCAGAGGCUCCCAAAAUCCCGUUAUUAUACGUCACCAAUUUGGGGGAUUCUCAAGUUCUGGUUUUAAGACCUCGAGAAACAGAUUUGGUAUUCAAAACAACCGAGCAAUGGCAUUGGUUUGAUUGUCCCCGGCAACUAGGUACCAAUUCUCCAGAUACCCCUCGCGACAAUGCUGUGCUGGAUAAAGUUGAGAUUGAAGAAAAUGACGUAGUACUGGCUAUGUCUGACGGGGUCAUUGACAACCUGUGGGAGCACGAGAUAAUAGAGAACGUCGUUACUAGUAUACGCAAGUGGGAAUCCGGACAAGGUGGUGAAAGCACAGGAGACCGACGGGAUGGUGCAGGUGGGGGCAUGAGAUAUGUCGCACAGGAAUUAAUGAAUGCUGCGAAGGCGAUUGCUACAGAUCCUUUCGCUGAGAGUCCAUUUAUGGAACAUGCUGUGGAAGAGGGACUGGCUAUGGAAGGAGGCAAGCACGACGAUAUCAGUGUCGUCGCCGCUCUUUGUCGACGCAGCAAUGGCUGA